GGUCGUUGGGACGCAUGCGCUUGGACCGAAAGCAGUCGGUCUGGAAAGCCCACAGCAAACGGAUGUAAUCAAAGCAAAGAUUUACCUCUUAUCUAGCAUACAUGGUGAAAUUGCCGAUGGGAUCGGAGCGGAAGGAGACGGAGCAUCGGCAGCCAGAGGCAGAGGAGGCGGCAUGGUCGCGACCCGCCGCGAGAGAGCGCGCCCCCAACGCCUGCUGCUUCUGCUGGUGCUGCUGCUGCAGCUGCUCCUGUCUCACUGUGCGGAAUGGAGAUGGUGGAGAGGGAGAGCCCAGCAACAUCAAGAUAGAGGGGGCAGGAAACUGCGAAGACAGCACUGAUCUCACCGUGGAGGAGGUGUGUUCCUGGGGGCAGUCCUUUGACCGGAUGAUGAGCUGCCCCACUGGGAGGGAGGCCUUCCGCAGCUUCCUCAGGACGGAGUUCAGUGAGGAGAACAUGCUCUUCUGGCUGGCCUGUGAGGACCUCAAGAAGGAGACUAGGGAGGGUGCCAUCAAGGAGAAAGUCCGGACCAUAUAUGAAGACUACAUCUCUAUUCUUUCACCCAAAGAGGUCAGCCUGGACUCCCGGGUCCGAGAAGUGAUCAACCGGAACAUGCUGGAGCCCUCGUCCUGCACAUUCGACGACGCCCAGUUUCAGAUCUACACCCUGAUGCAACGGGACUCGUACCCACGCUACAUGGCCUCACCGGCCUACGCUGACCUCCUUCAGAGGCUUGUGGAGAAGGAGCCCAAAUCGUAGGCCCCGCCUUCUCUCACUGGCUGUUCUCCCUAACUCUCUCGGAGUAGAAUGACAGAAAGGGCCCAUGUGUCCAUGCAGGGAAAUUUUCCCGCCAAAACAUUGGCUUGAGUUGAAAGGGUGAUUCCCGACCUGGAUAUUCCUGCACCAUGACCACAGGCUGCGUUGCAUCCCAAGUACGAGCUGUUUUGGAUUUACACGGAAAGAUGAUCCGGACAAAAACAAACCUCUUUUUUAAUCUGUUUUUGUUCCACGUUACGUAAUUUUUUGUUAUGGAUCGAAGUGAGAAAGGGGUUCUUAUAAUUGUGAAAAGUGAACUUGUAGGUUGUGUCUUCGGUGCUUUUGUUCUUACGGUGUUUAGAAAAGGGAAUUUUGACAUGGUCUUUAAUGUCUGUGAGCCGAAUGGGAAGAAUCAGUCCAACAAGGCAACGCUCUCGGAAGAUACCGGAAUGUGGCCCGAAAGGCAUAUUUAUAAGAUAUCAGAUCUUUCUUGUGUGACUUGCAUUUCUCCUUGACUCCAUGAUAGAUGUGACAACACCACCCAGAAUGAAGUGAUUUCCAUUUUUUCCAAAUAUUUAUAUUUUUAAAAGAAUAGUGGACUUUGAAUGCCCAUUUAUAUUACAUUUGACUAUGAACCAUUCCACUUAUUGUCCGUUCAGUUCAGGGAUCAAGCAUAAUAAUAAUAAUAAUAAUAAUAAUAAUAAUAAAGAAAUAUUAUAUUGUAUUUUAUUAUAGUAAAAUCCCGUUAUAACGGACUUCAAGGGACCUGGCAAAACAGUCUAUUAUAUCCAAAGUCCGUUAUAUCCAGAGUUGCUGUAUGGCCAGAACACAACUACAGGACGCCAUUUACUCACGCCACACCCCAGCAGACACACGUGUGGUACAUAUUAUUAUAUUGUACAUGUAGUAAUCCAUCUUUACCUGAGCAGAUGCGUGACUAUUAAUAAUCCUGACUACGUAUCUGCGCUGGAUAUCACCGUUAUACCCGAAUAAAACUACAGCUAAAAAGCAGCUCUGAGGACCAAAUUGUUUGUCCGUUAUUUGAAGUUUCCUCUAUAAUGGGAUUUUACUGUAUAUUAUAUUAUAUCCAUCCAUCCAUCCAUUUUCCAAACUGCUUAUCCUAUUGGGUCGCGGGGGGUCCGGAGCCCAUCCCGGAAUCAAUGGGCACGAGGCAGGGAACAACCCAGGAUGGGGGGCCAGCCCAUCGCAGGGCACACUCACACACCAUUCACUCACACAUGCACACCUACGGGCAAUUCAGCAACUCCAAUUAGCCUCAGCAUGUUUUUGGACCGUGGGGGGAAACCGGAGUACCCGGAGGAAACCCCACGACGACACGGGGAGAACAUGCAAACUCCGCACACAUGUGACCCAGGCGGAGACUCGAACCCGGGUCCCAGAGGUGUGAGGCGACAGUGCUAACCACUGCACCACCAUGCCGCCCCCUAUUAUAUUAUAUGAUAAUUGCAUAUAUUCCUUCAUGAUUCAGAGCAAAUUCGUCCUAUCUCGAAGCGUUGUUUCUGGGCGCAGUUGACACUUAAAUGAAUGUGUUUGUAUCAAUGAAAAGAGAAAGGCCAUAUAUUUUAGUUACCCUUUACCUAGCUAUGAAUUACUCUGCUGGGCGGCCCUUUCCUUUAUUCUGACUUUUUUCCCCACGGAGAGCUACACCGGGCACGUGCCUUUUUAUUCGCUAUGAACCGUCUGCAUCUACACGGCCUUUGAAUGUGUUUUUUUUUCUUGCAACAAGAAAACCGAGGUGGUCCUCCGGUGCUUACAUUCUUCUUAACAUGUGCAAUCGGAAAUAUAGGGGGAAGAGAGUUUCAUUGUUAUUGAUAUAAAUGUAUUUAAAAUCAAAAUGAAUUUAUCAUUUGUAUUGAAGCUGUAUGUGUUUAUAAUAUUUAAUUUAUAUUUUACAUAGAA